GUAACGGAACAAGCGGGAAUUCGUCCUGCAUGACGCCUGGGGUGACAUUCGGUGUAAGCCGCAGUGAUUGGUGGAAACAAAGAACUCGUAACUUAUGAUGCGAGAGAAGAUGGCAACAGCAGAAGCCAUCAGCACGGGCCAGGAAGGCUCACGCGACCAUUCACACUCCCAAAAGGCUUUCGAAAACACUGCAACCUAUUUGAACGCGGACCCGACCACCCCAACGCGUCCGAUCACCUUCGACGCGUCAACUCCGCCGACCCAACGACACUCGUUACGAGCGAGACAACCAACCGGACGUGUCCUGAACAUUGACGAAGGGAGCGACGAAGCCGGGGAGGGGGAUGGAGAACAGACGGACACUCGUCAAAAGACAAACGGCAAGCGCGGUCGCCCGCCAAAGUUGGCGAAGACGCAACCGGGAGUAGAUGGGCAUCGAGGACUCUGUGCAGCUUAGACAGUGCUUUCCGAUAGGCGAGUCAUCAAGGCGAGCGGAAUAUCCAGAACACAAUUAUUCUCGCUGGCAGAAUUCUCACUCUCAAUAUUUCCAGGGAAGAUAUCGAAGGUCCGUCUCCCAGUUCCAAAAGUAUUCAUAUUCAAGGUGCUGCAUCGCGAACCACUGCAGGGCCAUGUGCAUACUGCGUGCUACCCAAUGGAUUGGUCCGUCUAACAUCUGUAAUGGAUCUUCCAGAGUGGCGUUUUGGUCAUCAGCUCCCGUGCUUCGAUCGUGUCCGGUUUUCAUACCCGAGCCUUCGACCGUUUCUUUGACAUACUGAAAAUCUUGCGCCAGCUUAUCAACUAUAGAGCGGAUCGACUUCCAGGGCGAUUGGCUUCACUUGCGCGCUUCGGC